AAGUGGGGUAACUUUGGGCAGGGAAACGUUGCUGACCACGCCAGUAGCCCCUGAAACGAAGCACGAGACGGUUUCUGAGGAUUUUAUUCAUCUGAAUGUUUGGAACAAAAGAUUGUGCGAUGGUGCUGGGAUUUCAGUUGCGUAUUUUUGCUCAAAGCCUUGCAUAAUUACCCUAGAAGCUGUAGCUUCGUUGGAAUCCAAGAGUACCGUGUCAGUGUACAAGAAAAAGUGGGAAGGGGAUCACCUCUUCCACAUCAGUCAGAAUCGAACAGUCAGCUUGACGUUUCCAAGUAGUAUGGUUUUCAGAGACGAUUAUCUUAUCAAACGCUCCGUAAUUGUACACUGGGUGAUAUUAUAUGCCUGGAUUACUCAUAAGGAGGCAACGCUUCCCCGUGCUUCGCAAGCAGAAAGCUACUGGCAUGCAAUUGCACGGGACUACAGUUUUUUGGACCCAGUUCCACCUUUUGAACGUCCGUACAAGGAGCAUAAAGUAUGCUUGACAUGGAGCAUGGAACAUACGUGGAAACUCCAGGCGAACAGGAUACCUCGGUGUCCCCACGAGAACGAUGUAGUUGAAAUCCUCAACCUCCCAUAUGCAUCCAGUGGAGAGGCGACAGGAAUUGUGAAGAAAUUUCAGAAAUUUGAAAACCGAGAACUUGAAGCAAUCCGGGAGCAUCACAUUCAUUAUCCAUCCUUUACUCUGUUGGUCUGGCUUUAUUUACUGCGUUACUGUGAGAGAUCGUUGUGCGGCAUACUGUAUUUCAUUGAUUCGGGAGAAAUGUAUGGCACCCCUGCUGUAUUUCUAACUAAUGAAGGUUAUCUUCACAUCCAAGGGCACCUUGUCAAAGGAGGAGACAUUGCAGUGAAGACCACCUUCCGCCUUCCUCUGAAGCAGUGGUUUCGACUUGAUCUCUCCCUUAAUGGAAAAGAGAUAGACAUAACCACUGUUGGGAAGAAUAUGAAUAACUAUCAACAUCAAACUUUUAAUAUUCAGGAAGAUUUCUAUUUUGAUGACACUGAUGGGUAUUUGGUUUUUGGUGGCAGUGGAUACAUACCAGGAAUCAAAGGAUACUUUGGAUCAGUGAAAUACUACCGUCUUAACAACUUAGAGACCAAAAGGUUUUCUAACCCAUUCUCCAACAAAGAAAUUUCAGAAAGAAUUGAGCUGUACUAUCAGAGGUGUGCUGAUAUCCAGAGGGGAGUAUCCCAGUAUGGAUUCUCACUGAAAUAUUUUGAAGAAAAUCAACAAUGCCUUCUUGACAACUAUUAUUUGGAACUGAGCAAGAAAUAUGGAAGCACUCUGAAGUGUGCUGCUUUUGACUGGGGGAAAGAACUAAGAGAAAAAUAUCACAGCAUGGAGGACACAAGUCUACAUUUUCCAGAAGUAUCUGAACACAAGAAGGAUAUAGCAUUCAAAAUUGGACGCAGGUUAUUUGAAGCAGCUGCUCAAAACUUAUCAAGAGUGGAUGGUUUGCUUUAUAUCAAUUCUUCCAUCUUGGCCCUGAUGGAUUCCAGCUGUUGUGGAUAUUCUAGAGCUUCUUAUGCUCUUGGUGUCAUCUUCGAAAUCGGACUAGGCAUAUCUCCACGCCCAGUUCAGGGAUUGCUCUACAGUUUGGUUGCAGCUCAACAAGGUGACCGGCUGGCUUUGAUGAACCUUGGCUAUAAGCACUACCAAGGCAUUAAUAAUUAUCCACAGGAUCUUGAGGUCUCAUAUGCUUACUAUAGCGAUGUGGCUCUAAAGACAUCACGUGAUCAACAUACUGGAGAAGGAGAUCAGGCAUUUGUUGAAGUAAUCAGGCUUCAGAAUGAUGAGUUAUUAAAAGCACAGACCAAAGAAAAUGGGGAUCUUUUCAUGUGGUUGAAACAUGAAGCAGUAAGAGGAAAUUCAGCUGCACAGCAACGUCUAGGACAGAUGCUUUUCUGGGGCCAACAAGGAGUGGAAAAAAAUGUAAAGGCAGCUGUAGAAUGGUAUGCAAAAGGCGCUUUGGAAAAUGAAGAUCCAGUCUCUUUAUUUGAUUAUUCAAUUGUGUUAUUCAAGGGCCAAGGGGUGAAAAGAAACAGACGUCUUGCUCUACAGCUGAUGAAAAAAGCCGCUUCAAAGGGACUCCCCCAGGCAGUGAAUGGCCUUGGCUGGUAUUAUCAUAACUUUAAAAGAGAUUAUGCAAAAGCAGCCAAAUAUUGGCUGAAAGCUGAAGCCAUGGAUAAUCCAGAAGCCUCCUUCAAUCUUGGUAUUCUGCAUUUAGAUGGAGUGUAUCCAGGAAUUACUGGUAGAAAUCAGACGACUGCUGCUGGCUAUUUCUAUAAAGCAGCAGAAAAGGGUCAUAUGGAAGGGACCUUGCGUUGCUCUCAGUUUUACAUUACAGGAAAUCUACAAAGCUUUCCCAGGGAUCCAGAAAAAGCAGUCAUCUGGGCAAAAUACGUGGCAGAAAAGAACGGCUAUUUAGGCCAUGUCAUCCAAAAAGCACUCAAUGCAUAUCUGGAAUUGUCUUGGAAUGAAGCUCUACUGUAUUACAUUCUCUCUGCAGAGGCAGGAAUAGAGGUAUCACAAACAAAUCUAGCACAUCUCUGUGAAGAGAAACCGAACUUGAUAAAAAGAUACUUCACUACUGACUGUGUUUGGAAGUACUAUAAUUUCUCCGUUUCUCAAAGCAACGCUCCCUCAUUUGCUUACUUGAAAGUAGGAGAUUUUUACUAUUAUGGCUAUCAGAACCAGUCCAGAAACUUGGAUAUGUCAGCACGUAUGUAUGCACAAGCUGCAUUGAAUGGAGAUGCGCAGGGAUUCUUUAAUUUGGCUCUUCUUCUGGAAGAAGGUUAUUCUAUCCCAGGUCAUAUUUUAGAUCAUUUAGAAAUUGACAGCACUAUCCACUCCAAAAAUAUGUCCCUUCGUCAAGAGCUUUAUGAAAGGUGCUGGAAUUACAGCAACCAAGAAUCGGUUAGUCCGUGCACGUUAGCUUUGCUUUAUCUACGCCUGAGGAUUUUGUCGAACAACAUUUUGCAGUCUGAUCUGAUUUACUACUUGGGCUCCUUAUUUGCCUAUUUGUUGCUUGGUUUUGUCAUUCAGCAUUUCUGGUCUCCAUCAGCAGUUACUCAUCCAGAUAUUUCAUCAGUUCCUGAAGGGGGAUCUUUUCCUAGAGAUGAAGACUCUAAUCAGACCAGAUCAACAGGACAUGAAGUGCCUACUGACACAAAUCAUUUGGAGCAGAAUCACUUCAAUCCCCAACAUUCCUGUUCAAGGAGUUGAAACAUGUGGAAGAGUUGCCUUCAGAAGAAAACGUCUUCCUUUUUGAAGCAAUAGUAAAAUGGCCCCUUUCUCUUUGGAUUUACUUUGUCUCUGACAGCCAGUCUUCCUGAUGAGAAAGCAGGCCCUACAACAAGCCAGCAUUCUUCAAAAUCUAGAGCAAGUGAGGUGAUUGUAAUGAAUAGGAAGAUCAUUUCUGUGAAGCAUUUUGAGCAUUCUCUAAAUUACUACACAUCAACUCCAUGUUAUUAUUAAGAAGAACACGCUGCUAUGAGUGCAACCACUUUUGAAUGAGAAUUAAACUGUCCUUCUUAGUCCCUGUUUAUUUAGGUGCACAAGGAGUUCAUUAUUUAUAUCUGUUUUCAAAUAAAUACCCCUAUUUGUUUUGUAUAAUUGUUAAUAAGAAGAAAACCCCCAUGUUUUUAUAUUAGCUACUUCAUUUAUAUAUUUGAUUCACUGUCAUCAUUUUGCCUUUAAUUCCAGAUCAUCCGAUCAGAGCCAGUUAUCGCAUUGUUCAGGGAAAUACAGUACUCUUAUUCUGAUUAUUGUCUUGUUUGGGAAUAGAACAAAUGUGGAGGGAGGAGCAGAUGUUGAUUUUCUGGAGUGGGGAAAGGGAACAGCAAUGAAUCUGGGCCAGUCCUGCAGUUAAUGAGCAUCUAUUCCUAUAACAUGAACAGGUCAUUCCCUUUAAAUUAAUUGGGGGACUAAGGAGCCUGAAGUCUGGCCUGGAAAAUUUCAACUUUGUUGGGAACAAUCAGAGGAGAGAGUAUUGAUUAAUGGCUAAGAGGUGUCAGACUACAUUGUGAUCAAGCUAGUCAUAUUUUGGUUGAUUUGUAAUGGAAUAUUCUAUAUUCACUUCAGAAUAAUUGUUUGGGCCUUAAAAGCCUUAAGCAGCUUGUCACCUGGCUAUUUUCAGGACCACCUUCUUCUGUAUAUUCCUCCUUGCUUAAAUUCUCAGCAUUGCUCCGGAUAUCAGACCUGCGGAGUUAAGAAGUUUUAAUACCAGGCUUUUUUUAUGGUCAAUCCCAAUUUUGAGGACUGGAAAUGAUAAAAAGAUCCCAACAUUUUAUUUUUCUAGAGCUUGAUUAAAACAUGGUUGUUCAGAAACAUGUUUGGCUGACUAUUAUUUGAAUACAGUUCCUGUGGCUGCUUUAUUACUCACUGCUGAUAACUUGCUGGUCUUAUAUUAUUAUAUGACUGUGUUUUGUAAGUCACCUUGAGCUAGCUGAGCAGGAAAGAUUAAAAGGAAUACGUCUAUAAGAAAACCAAGAGAUAUGACUUAAUGAUGGUAUUCAUUUAGAGUAAACUAGAAAGGGGUGGAUAAUCUUGAACCUACCAAGAAUUAAUAAAUUAUUAU